GACUACUGGGCUGGAGGAGCCCUGGGAAGCGAGCCGUCCAUCGGGAGUGUGAUCCAGCUGCAGCAGUCCUUCAGGGGCCCUGAGUUCGCCCAUAGUUCUAUAGACGUGGAAGGACCCUUUACAAACGUCAACAGAGACGACUGGGAUAUCGCUGUAGCUAGUUUAUUACAAGUCACCCCAUUGUUUUCACAUUCUCUGUGGAGCAACACGGUUAGAUGUUACCUCAUUUAUACAAACGAAACUCAGCCUGAAAUGGAUCUUUUUCUUAAGGACUAUUCACCGAAACUUAAAAGAAUGUGUGAGACAAUGGGAUAUUUUUUUCAUGCUGUAUACUUUCCACUGGAUGUUGAGAAUCAAUACCUCACUGUAAGAAAGUGGGAAAUUGAGAAGAGUUCAUUAGUUAUUUUAUUCAUUCAUUUAGCUUUACCAAGCCUUUUAUUGGAAGACUGUGAAGAAGCUUUUCUGAAAAACCCUGAAGGCAAACCACGAUUGAUUUAUCAUCAUUUGGAGGACGGGGAAGUGAGUUCCGACUCUGUCCGGCAAUUGCUUGACCAGGUCUCUAACCUGAACGUAGCCAGCAAAGCUAAGAUUAUUGAUCAUUCAGGAGAUCCAGUUGAAGGAGUUUAUAAAACUUAUGUUUAUGUGGAGAAGAUUAUUAAACAGGACAUUCUGGGCUUUGAGAACACAGACCUGGAAUUGAAGGAUGUAGGCAGUGAAGAUUCCGUUCCAGAAGAAGAUGAUUUAGGUGACGUUUUGUGGGACAUACAUGAUGAACAAGAGCAAAUGGAAACUUUUCAACAGGCUUCGAAUUUAGCCCAGGAGUUGGGAUUCGAGAAAUACUACCAGCGCCUUAAUGACCUCGUGGCUGCACCUGCGCCUAUCCCGCCCCUUCUUGUAUCUGGAGGACCAGGUUCUGGAAAGUCCCUUCUUUUAUCGAAGUGGAUUCAGUUACAGCAGAAGAAUUCCCCCAACACCCUAAUUCUUUCUCAUUUUGUGGGUCGGCCCCUGUCAACCAGCUCCGAGUCCUCCUUGAUCAUUAAGCGGUUAACUCUAAAGCUGACGCAGCACUCUUGGGCCGUGUCGGCUCUGACGCUGGAUCCGGCUAAGCUUCUAGAGGAGUUUCCGCGCUGGCUAGAAAAGCUCUCUGCGCGUCACCAAGGCAGUAUCAUCAUCAUUAUUGAUUCUAUAGAUCAAGUUCAGCAAGUUGAAAAACACAUGAAGUGGCUGAUAGACCCACUGCCGGUGAACGUGAGAGUGAUUGUGUCUGUGAACGUGGAGACCUGCCCUCCAGCAUGGAGGUUGUGGCCAACACUUCAUCUUGAUCCUUUAAAUCCGAAUGAUGCAAAAUCUAUUAUAAUUGCAGAAUGCCAUUCUGUAAACAUUAAAUUGAAUAAAGAACAGGAGAAGAAGCUGGAACGGCACUGUCGUUCCGCUGCCACCUGCAAUGCCCUUUAUGUCACGCUUCUCGGCAAGAUGAUCGCGCGUGCCGGGAGAGCAGGGAACGUGGACAAGAUCCUUCAGCAGUGUUGCCAGAGUCAGGACACUGUGUCGCUAUACAGACUCAUCCUGCGAUCUGUCCAGGACUCACUGGCCAGCGAUCGGGAGAAGGAGCUGAUGAAGCAGAUUCUCUGCCUUGUGAAUGUUAGUCACAACGGCGUGAGUGAGUCAGAGUUGAUGGAACUCUAUCCUGACCUGUCCUGGGCUGUCUUGACCUCUCUUAUUCACAGUUUACAUAAGAUGGGUUUGCUGACUUACGGCUGUGGCUUGCUCAAGUUUCAACAUCUGCAGGCUUGGGAAGCAGUGAGGCUGGAGUACAUGGAAGGGCCCCCCAUUAUUUCCUCAUAUAGGCAGAAGCUAAUCAGCUACUUCACCACGCAGCUCAGUCAGGACCGAGUGACCUGGAGGGGCGCAGAUGAGCUCCCCUGGCUGUUCCAGCAGCAGGGAAGUAGACAGAAGCUGCACAGCUGCCUUCUCAACCUCUUUGUGUCUCAAAACCUUUAUAAAAGGGGACACUUUGCUGAGUUGCUGGGUUACUGGCAGUUUGUUGGCAAAGACAAGGGUGCCAUGGCCGCCGAGUACUUCGAUUCCCUGAAGCAGUAUGAGAAGGACUGUGAGGGUGAGGAGAACAUGCUCUGCUUAGCCGACCUCUACGAAACCCUGGGGCGGUUUCUCAAGGAUCUUGGCCUGCUCAGCCAGGCUGUGGUCCCUUUGCAGAGGUCUCUGGAAAUUCGAGAAACGGCCUUAGACCCAGAUCACCCACGGGUGGCUCAGUCCCUCCACCAGCUCGCAAGUGUGUAUGUGCAGUGGAAGAAGUUCAGCAACGCAGAGCAACUGUAUAAACAGGCCCUGGAAAUCUCAGAAAACGCUUACGGUGCAGACCAUCCACACAUUGCUCGUGAACUUGAGGCCCUUGCAACUUUGUACCAGAAACAAAAUAAAUAUGAGCAAGCCGAACAUUUUAGGAAAAAAUCCUUUAAAAUUCGCCAGAAAGAAACAAAGAGAAAAGGCAACUUGUAUGGAUUUGCCCUGUUACGUAGGCGGGCCCUGCAGUUAGAAGAACUCACCUUAGGUAAGGAUACCGCUGACAACGCUCGGACCCUCAACGAGCUGGGAGUUCUCUACUACCUGCAGAACAACCUGGAAACAGCGGACCAGUUUCUGAAGCGUUCCUUAGAAAUGAGGGAGCGAGUCCUGGGCCCAGAUCACCCUGAUUGUGCCCAGUCUUUGAAUAAUCUGGCUGCUCUCUGCAAUGAAAAGAAACAGUAUGGGAAAGCAGAAGAACUUUAUGAAAGAGCUUUAGACAUUCGGAGACGAGCUUUAGCUCCUGACCACCCUUCUUUGGCUUAUACUGUGAAGCAUCUCGCAAUCCUGUAUAAGAAAAUGGGGAAACUUGACCAAGCUGUACCUUUGUAUGAGCUGGCGGUUGAAAUUCGGCAGAAAUCCUUUGGCCCGAAGCACCCUAGUGUAGCUACUGCGUUGGUGAACCUGGCGGUCCUCUAUAGCCAGAUGAAAAAACACACUGAAGCCUUGCCAUUAUAUGAAAGAGCACUAAAGAUUUAUGAAGACAGCCUGGGCCGGAUGCAUCCUCGAGUUGGAGAAACAUUAAAAAAUUUAGCUGUGCUAAGUUAUGAAGAAGGGGAUUUUGAAAAAGCUGCUGAACUAUACAAAAGGGCGAUGGAAAUAAAAGAAGCAGAAGCCUCCCUUUUGGGUGGAAAAGCUCCUUCUCGACACUCAAGUGGAGACACCUUUAGCUUAAAAACCCAUUCUCCUAAUGUUUUCUUUCACCAAGGACAAAGGUAACAGCAGCUAUUACGAUUUAUUGCAAAUGCAACUUAGGAUAAACUCUUUAGGAAACAUUUGGAACAUUAGAAUUUAAACCUUAUUAAAAAUGUUUUUAAGAAAAUUUAUUUUAUGUUGUGUGAUCUUUAACUGAUUUUCGCUUUGUGUGCUAUUUGUAUGAAAUUGUAUUGGACUAUACUGAAAAUUGAAUCAUUGUGUUGGUUUCAUUUAAAAGAACUCUCCUACUGUGUGGGACCCAAGGAGGCAGCCACGUAGGGUGCUAGGGUGACGAGAGCGGAUCAUUAACCGCGGCUCGGUCUGUGCACAAGGGCUGGCAGAGCAGUCAAGAGUUAAGAAUCCCAUUAUUCUUUUCCUCUCUCAAGAGCUGCUUUAGCCUCAUCAUUCCUUAUCUUGCUUUGCAGCAGUAGCCUGGCCCAAUUCUCUACCUCAAAGAAAAGUCUCAAGGAAUAAAGGGUUCGCGUUUAUGCAAGGCUUGCCUGUCUCCUGUAAGUGAGCUCGUAAAAGGUAUCUGACUUGCCCUCAGCUUGCUGCGCUGUCUGCACUGUGUUGCCUUACGGUGUAGUGCGUCCGCUGUCCUCACUUUGUGACAGAUCAAGGCUUUGGUGUUCGUUAACCUUCCUCCAGAUACACGCUUGAUGUUCUCCUUAGUUUCUCUAGGUGGCCUAGACCUGUCUUUCAUUUAUCUCAAACUCAGAUUAGUUGCCAUUUUAUAUUGCAAGUUCAGU